AUAAGGGUGAGUCCUUAUUAGAGUCAGUCGUGUUCGUUAGGUGUGAGCCACACCAGCUUUCAUUUCCAGUGUGCUCUGUGUUUUUGAAUUCACUCUGUGUAGGAAGUGCCUAGGCCUUGCGUCAUUUCCUCAACCGUCUCUCUCAGCACUUCUGUUUUUCUCCUCUGUUUCCCCUUUCCACCCUACACCUCUGUAUCUCACUGAGGAUAAACGCUUAUCCAGCGCAUCCACAUCCCACAACAACAAAGUUUGCACCGUCGUUUAAAGUUUGAAAGCUUCGGCACAGCCUGCGUACUGUUCUUUGUAACCAGCAGACACCCUUACAUGUGCACGUCUGCACUGGACCAACUUUUGCACUGGAGCAGCUGAGCAGGAGAAGCAACUGUGGAUCUGUCCAUCGCCUGGCCUACAUUUUUGGGGGUGGGGAGAAAGCAGGAGUAUUGCAGCGGUGGUACUUGAGGUUUUAUUUUUAGCCUCUUCCCGACCCUCUACCAUGACAGCUGUCUCCCUCCUCUGACAGAGCAGAGUCAGGAAUAGCCUAUCACUUUGCACCUCUGAGAACUAGGGCUGCCGGUUAGUCUGACGUGGGUCUUCUGAAUCUCUGGACUGUCUCUGUCUCGAACACACACAUACACGAGUCUUGGCGCUUUGGUCGGCACUCGGCUGCACUGUGAGCUACGUGAACUGUCCGGAGCUGCCGCAGAGGAUCUCAGAGCCAAGAACCUCCUCUUCUUUCCAGCACUGUGGGUCUUGUUUACCUGAAGUUUGUGACCUCACAUAACAUAACUGUGAAGACCAGCAUCCAUUGUGCCAGCCUCUUGUCUGCUGGCCCCUUCAUCUGUCACUCAUCUUUUCAUCCUGCCCUCCCUUCCUCAUCAAACCCUUACCCGGCCCAGCCCAUGACAGCAGCAUUGCCAGCAUGGCAUUUUCAUCACGCUUUUCCUUCUGGGAGCAAAAGAUCAAAGAAGACAACAAGCCAAUCCCUAAGAGUUCAAAAGACAAUUCUGACAGUGAUGGUAGCCUGAGUAGCCGCUCCCAGUCAGUGCCCAACCUGGAGCCUGGCAGAGGCCUACUGUGUGCCAAGAGUCCUCAGCCUGUUGAGGACACACCCACAGAGGUUAAGUCCCAGCCACAGUUCAGGAGAGUCAAAAGCCCCUCACCCAACAGAGACAAGAUGGCGACCAGAAAGUUCUCUGAAGUUCCCAAGGUGCAGGAGCGCUUCAAAAGCCCAGAACCUCCCCAAGCUCCCUUGAGUCCUGAACCUUUAAUGAAUGGAGAAAGCAAAGUGAAUGGUGCCCUCAAUGGCAGUGUUAAGACUACUGAUAGUGCUAGUCAACCAGAGCUCACAGAGGACUUAAAGGGUGGGACCCAUAAGAAGGUGAUAAAAGUGGUACGCAGAGUGGUUAGGAGGGUAGUUCCUGCUGAAGAAGACAUGGCAACAACCCCUGCAGCCAUGUCCCCAGAACCAUCUAAACCAGCUUUAGAACCACCAAAACCUGAACCAGCAUCUGUACCAAAAGUUGUGAAGGUGCCUGUGUUCUCCUUCAAACAUGAUUUCAUAAAGAAGGAGGAAAGGGAUGAUAUCUCUGCUGGACUGACUAGUUUGAUGACGCGAGGCAGGACCAGGGAAUCCCGUCCACGCGUCCGCAAGGAUGAGCCUCCUGAAAAAGAGGGUGUGAAACCUGUAGAGAAAUCUCAAGAGAAGGAAAUUUCUGGACCAGCACAAGAUAAAACUGUGCUGAAAGUAGAGGCCUCCCAGACUCCAAAACAAGAGCAACAGACUUCAGCAUCUGCUACUACCCUGACGACUCCCAAGUCUCCUGUUUCACCACCAGUAGGAUUCAUCCCAACCCCAAAAUCCAACCCACUCUCUCCUCCAUCUGGAUUUGUUCCUACACCGAAACCCACCUCAAAACCAUCUACUCUUUCCCCUCCAGCAGGCUUUAUUCCUGCUUCAAAACCUUCUCCUGUGACUCCUGCUGGAUUUGUUCCAACAGCUCCUAUCGUUUCUCCACCCCCAGGUCCUAUUCCAGAUCCCAAAACAUUACCUGUUAUCCCCAGUUCUACAGCUCCUGUUCCUAAAGCAGCUGCUACCUCUGCUCCAACUGCUGCUGGUAAAUCCUACACCCUUAACUCCCCAGCCCCCAAAACAGAUCCAUUUGCCCCUCCUUCAGGGUUCAUUCCCACCAAUAAACAGAUGCCUAUGAAGAAACCAGAGGAGAGUCCGCCACUGAGUCCCACAGAAGAAGCACAGAGGCGGCUGGAGAGGAUCUUCGCUGCACCUCUGGAACCUGUGCCCAGUGUCUCUGCGUCGUCUCAGGUACAGGGCCCCUCUGGGGACGGCUCUUCCCCUACUGCGCCCCUCCAUGGCUUGGCCCGAGUGUGCGCUCGUGUGGCCUGUUGGAGUGGACAGGUGGAGGAGGAUCCCAUGGCAAUCCUAAAGGCAGACCAUGCCGCUGCCGCCCAUCCUAAGGUGAAAACAGAGGAGCAGAUAGCUGCAGAGCAAGCAUGGUACGGCUCAGAGAAAGUGUGGCUGGUCCACAAGGAUGGAUUCUCUCUGGCCACUGUGGUGAAGACGGAGACUGGAAGUCUACCAGAGGGGAAAGUGAAAAUCAAACUGGAGCAUGAUGGGACAGUACUGGACGUGGACGAGGAUGACGUGGAGAAGGCGAACCCGCCGUCAUUUGACCGCUGUGAGGACUUGGCAGCUCUGCUCUACCUGAAUGAGUCCAGUGUUAUGCAUUCCCUGCGCCAGCGCUAUGGAGGAAACCUCAUCCACACGUACGCAGGGCCCAACAUGGUGAUCAUCAACCCUGUCAGCGCCCCCUCCAUGUACUCGGAGAAGGUGAUGCACAUGUUCAAAGGCUGCCGACGAGAAGACACGGCCCCUCAUAUAUAUGCAGUGGCUCAAUCUGCCUACCGAAACCUUUUGACAACACGGCAGGACCAGUCCAUCGUGCUGCUGGGAAAGAGCGGCAGUGGCAAGACCACAAACUGCCAGCAUUUAGUUCAGUACCUGGUGUCCAUCGCCGGCAGCACUGGAAAGAUCUUUACUGCUGAGAAAUGGCAAGCAGUCUACACAAUCUUAGAGGCCUUUGGAAACAGUGCCACCUCUAUCAACAAUAACGCAAGCCGCUUCUCCCAGAUCGUCUCGUUGGAUUUUGACCAGGCUGGUCAGGUGGCCUCUGCCUCGAUCCAGACCAUGCUGCUGGAGAAGCUGAGGGUGGUGAAACGACCAGAGACUGAGUCCACUUUUAAUGUUUUUUAUUACAUGAUGGCUGGAGCAGACAGCACACUCAGAACGGAGUUGCAUUUUAACCACUUUGCAGAGAACAGUGCUUUUGGGAUUGUGCCUCAAACUAAGUCUGAGGACAAGCAAAAGGCAUCACAACAGUUCACUAAACUGCAGGCGGCUAUGAAGGUGCUGGGCAUCUCUUCUGAUGAACAGAAAGCUUUGUGGCUCAUCCUUGGGGCCAUAUACCACCUUGGUGCUGCGGGAGCCACAAAAGCAGAGGUUGAUGAAGCGGGCCGGAAGCAAUUUGCACGUCAUGAGUGGGCCCAGAAGGCGGCUUACCUCUUGGGAUGCACCCUAGAAGAGCUCUCGUCUGCUAUCUUCAAACACCAGCCCAAAGGAAGCUUACAAAGAUCCACCUCGUUCCGCCAGGGACCAGAUGAUGUUGGGACAGGAGACAACUCGGCUCCAAAGAUCACAGCUCUGGAGUGUCUGGAGGCCAUGGCUGCUGGACUCUACUCUGAGCUCUUUACUCUGGUCAUCUCACUUGUUAACCGAGCGCUGAAGUCGAGUCAGCAUUCCCUGUGCUCUCUGCUUAUUGUGGACACACCAGGAUUCCAGAACCCAAAGUUAGCCAAGCGGGACCGUGGCGCCACCUUUGAAGAGCUGUGCCACAACUACACCCAAGAACGUCUCCAAACGCUUUUCCACGAACGCACCUUUGUACAGGAGCUAGAGCGCUACAAGGAGGAAAACAUAGAGCUUGCAUUAGAUGACAUAGAGUCCAGUACAUCACUGUCUGUAUCAGCUAUAGACCAAACCUCCACUCAAGCAUUGGUACGGACCUUGGCCAGGACAGAUGAGGCGAGGGGCCUGCUGUGGCUGAUGGAGGAAGAAGCUCUGCAGCCCGGAGGCUCAGAGGAAACUCUGCUGGAGAGACUCUUCAGGUAUUACAGCCCUGUGGAUGGAGAGAGCAAAGGCCCUGCCCUGCUGCUGAAGAGUGAGAAGGCGCAUCACUUUCUGUUGGGUCACAGCCACGGGACCGACUGGGUGGAGUAUGAUGCUCGGGGCUGGUUAAGCCAUGCCAAGCAGAAUCCUGCCUCUCAGAAUGCGGCCAUAUUACUGCAGGACUCUCAGAAGAAGAAUAUCAGCGGCUUGUUUAUGGGGCGUUCAGGGGGAGCCACAGUUUUGUCAGGCUCUAUUGCUGGGCUUGAGGGUGGAUCACAGCUGGCCCUGCGCAGGGCAACAAGCAUGAGAAAGACCUUCACCACUGGUGUGGCCGCUGUUAAAAAGAAGUCCCUCUGCAUCCAGAUUAAACUGCAAGUGGAUGCACUGAUAGACACAGUGAGGCGGUCCAGGGUGCACUUUGUGCACUGUCUGCUGCCUAAAGCAGAGACUUCAGCUGGGGAUUUGAAGGUGCUGGGAGGACCCUCAUCUCGCUCUGGAGAGAUAGAUGCACAUGGAGAGAGCUGUGACAAUGGCCUCAUGCAGCUGGAUGUGUGCUUGCUCCGGGCGCAGCUCCGUGGCUCCAAACUGCUUGAUGCCCUCCGUAUCUACCGCCAAGGUUAUCCCGAUCAUUUGGUCUUUUCGGAGUUCCGUCGCCGCUUUGAUGUGCUGACUCCCCACCUGACGAAGAAGCAUGGGCGGAACUACAUUGUAACUGAUGAGAGAAGGGCUGUCGAAGAGCUGCUGGACUCUCUUGAGCUGGAAAAAAGCAGUUAUCACAUGGGCUUGAGCAGGGUGUUCUUCAGAGCAGGUGUUUUGGCUAAGUUAGAGGAAAACAGAGAUAUCCAGACCAGACGCAACAUCACCCUGUUUCAGGCUGCAUGCAGGGGCUACCUGGCCCGACAGGCCUUCAAGAAGCGGAAGAUCCAGGAUUUGGCAAUCCGCUGCAUCCAGAAAAACAUCAAGAAGAACCGGGGUGUGAAAGGCUGGCCGUGGUGGAAGCUCUUCACCACCGUCCGUCCUCUCAUCGAGGUACAGCUUACAGAGGAACAGAUCCGCGGAAAAGACGAGGAAAUUCAGCAAUUCAAGUUGAAGCUGGAAAAAGUAGAGAAGGAGAGGAAUGAGUUAAGACUCAAUACUGACCGACUGGAAAGCAAGAUCACAGAACUGUCAUCAGAGCUUGCAGAUGAGCGCAACACGGGCGAAUCUGCCUCGCAACUUCUGGAGUCCGAGACCUCGGAGAGACUGAGGCUAGAGAAAGACAUGAAGGAUCUGCAGGCCAAGUUUGACACCAUGAAGAAGCAGAUGGAGUCUAUGGAGAUGGAGGUGAUGGAGGCACGACUCAUACGCGCAUCAGAGCUCAACGGGGAAAUGGAUGACGAUGACACAGGAGGAGAAUGGAGGCUCAAGUAUGAGAGAGCCAUCAGAGAGAUUGAGUUUACCAAGAAGAGACUCCAGCAAGAGUUUGAUGACAAACUGGAGGUGGAGCAGCAAAACAAGAGGCAGCUGGAGAGAAAGCUGACAGACCUGCAGGCGGAUAAUGAAGAGGUGCAGCGCGUGGCGCAGCAGCUGAAGAAGAAAUGCCAGAGACUGACAGCCGAGCUGCAGGAUACCAAACUGCACCUGGAGGGGCAGCAGAGCCGCAACCACGACCUAGAGAAGAAACAGCGCAAGUUUGACUCUGAGCAGACUCAGGCUCAAGAGGAGGUGCAGAGAGAGAAGAGUCAGCGAGAGAAACUGAGUAGAGAGAAAGACAUGCUGACCGGGGAAGUGUUCAGCCUUAGACAACAACUGGAGGAUAAGGAUCUGGAGAUAUGUGCUGUCAAUCUGAAGCUCGAGCAAAUGGAGGCUGAGCUUCAAGAUCUGAACUCACAGGAGUCAAAGGAUGAGGCGUCAUUGGCCAAGGUUAAAAAGCAGAUUCGUGAUCUUGAGGCAAAGGUCAAAGAUCAAGAAGAAGAACUUGAUGAGCAGGCUGGAACCAUUCAGAUGCUGGAGCAGGCCAAGCUCCGUCUGGAGAUGGAGAUGGAGAGACUGAGACAGACGCAUUCGAAAGAGAUAGAGAGCAAAGAUGACGAGGUGGAGGAGAUCAGACAGUCCUGCAGCAAGAAGCUCAAGCAAAUGGAGGUGCAGCUGGAGGAGGAGUAUGAAGAGAAGCAGAAGGUCUUGCGUGAGAGGAGAGACCUGGAAGCCAAGCUGAUGAGCGCUCAAGACCAGGUGAGCCACAGAGAUGUGGAGACAGAAAAGCGUCUGAGAAAAGACCUUAAGCGCACAAAGGCCUUGCUGGCUGAUGCCCAGCUCAUGCUGGAUCACCUGAAGAACAACGCUCCCAGCAAGAGAGAGAUCGCUCAGCUCAAGAACCAGCUUGAGGAGUCAGAGUUCACUUGUGCUGCUUCAGUCAAAGCCCGAAAGUCAAUGGAAGUGGAGAUCGAAGACCUCCAUGUCCAAAUGGAUGACAUAUCUAAAUCCAAGCAGACGCUUGAAGAGCAGCUGAGUCGUUUGCAGAGGGAGAAGAAUGACCUGCAGUCUCGCAUGGAGGAGGAUCAGGAGGACUUGAACGAACUCAUGAAGAAACACAAAGCUGCCGUUGCCCAGUCCACACAGAAUCUGGCCCAGAUCAGUGACCUGCAGGCCCAGCUGGAGGAGGCCAUGAAGGAGAAACAGGACGUCCAGGAGAAGCUCACAGCCCUGCAGAGUCAGCUAGAGUUCCAAGAGCAGUCCAUGGUGGACAAGUCUCUGGUCAGCCGGCAGGAGGCCAAGAUCCGUGAGCUGGAGACCAAGAUGGAGUUUGAGAAGACACAGGUCAAACGCUUGGAGAGUCUUGUAGCGAGGCUGAAAGAGAAUCUCGAGAAGUUGACUGAGGAACGAGACCAACGCAGUGCCAGCGAGAACCGGGAGAAAGAGCAGAACAAGCGUCUCCUGAGGCAGAUCCGAGACAUCAAGGAGGAGAUGGCCGAGCUGGCCAAGAAGGAAGCGGAAGCCAGCCGCAAGAAACACGAGCUGGAAAUGGAUAUUGAGAGUUUGGAAGCAGCCAACCAGAGUCUCCAGGCAGAUCUCAAGCUGGCCUUCAAGAGGAUCGGAGACCUCCAGGCUGCUAUUGAGGAUGAGAUGGAAAGUGAUGACAAUGAGGAUCUCAUCAACAGUUUACAAGACAUGGUGACUAAGUAUCAGAAACGAAAGAACAAGAUCGAGGGCGCCUCUGAUACCGACUCUGAGGUGGAGGACCGCGUUGACGGGGUGAAGUCAUGGCUGUCCAAAAACAAGGGCUCUGCCAAGAACCUGUCAGAUGAUGGUAGUCUGAAGAGCUCAAGAUUUGCUGUAAAUGUUGACGGAAAGGAGGGAAAAGAGUGGGAAGAGGGUAAAGAAUGGAAAGGCAGUGGCAAAGGUAAAGAGUUAGAAUCCAGCAGGCCUGUGUCUGUCAUGAGUUCCCUCAGCUACAGGAAACGCUCCAACAUGAAGGACUCCAUUGGAGGUAAGGGAGACGAGAGUUCGCUCCUCAACACCCUCAAAGAACAAUCUGAUUCCCAGGACCUCUCCUCCUUCCGCAAGAACAAAGUCAAGCAGGACGUUGAGGAUGACUCUUAUUCUGUCAACUCCUGGAGGAAGGCAGGAGAUGAUCUUGACGAUCGCGGUUCUGUCAUCUCUCAGGCCUACUCGGAAGCAGCCAGUCGGGCAAGGAAGGGUAUGGACAGCCGCUGGUCAGAGUUCGAUAAGGAGUCCGUUGUGUCCUCUGUAGCCCCGAGCCGGGUUUCAACCCACCGUACUGCGAUGGACCUAGAUGACGAUGCUAUUUCCAGCGUGAGUCGCAUGAGUUCAGUAAGCCGGCGUCAGAGCAUGCCUCGUCUUGACGAUCGCCAGAGUGAAUAUGGUUCAGCCAUUAGCCCCAGCCUGAGCCACCGUAGCCCAGGCAGUGUGAGCCGCGCUGACUCCCGCAUGUCGCUGUCUCGCAGCUGUCGCCUCAGUGAAUUUGAUGUGGAUGAUGAUGCCCAAAGCAUAGCAUUCAGCGAGGCUCGCUCCAGUGCUUACAGCCCUCACUCUACCUCCGGCCGAAGCUUCUCCAUGCCUCCACAAGCCCGGACCACUGACUCCAGCCCGUCUGACAUCUCGGACGCCAAGCCGGUCAGUCACCGCAACUACCUGGACCCUGACCUGGAGGCCGCCAUUAAUGAAGUGUUAAGCUUCAAACCUAUCAAGUUCAAGCGCACCAGCUUGGAAGACUCUGAAGUGGAGAAAGAUAAACCGGGUGAGGAGGAGGAUGACCGGAAGAGUGCCAGCAGUUCCAGGACUGGCAGAGACAGUGGCCGCUCUUCCAGUUUGCGCCGUUCUGCUUCAGCCGUGGACUUCAUGCGUUCCAGCAGUAGCCUUAGCACACGCAGCAGCCGCAGCAAGAAGGGCAAGAGCAAGAAGAAGAAGAAGAGAAGCCACAGCUCGGAAUCAGACAGCUCUGACGAUGACCGCAAGAAGAAGAGCUCGAAGAAGAAGAGCAAGAAGUCCAAAAAGAAGUCCAAGAAAGAGUCUUCGUCUUCCUCCUCAUCCUCGGAGUCUGAGUCUAGCACAGAGUCGGACUCCAGUUCAGGAGCGUCCACUGUUUCUUACAGAAGCUCCAGCAGUAUCAAGAAAGCCCCUGCCAGGCAGGCCUCAGGUUCUGAGGGAGAGCUGGAGCCUGAGGGCCCCUUUGAAGGAUCUCCUCCACAGUCCAAGAAAGAGGAGAAGAAGAGGAAGAAGAAAGUAGACAAUCUAAUGAUGAAGUACCUGUACAGGCCUGACAGUGACUAAAGAUGGCACCCACCCUCAGGUCGCAGACGCUUCUGCCUUGACAGAUCUGACGAGGAAGAGGAAGAAGAAAAAGAGGAAGGGAGCGCAGGCCGAAGCACCUACCUCUCCCGCUACAAACGCAGCAGCUACCUGAAUGACAGCGAUGGCGAGACCACCGCAUAGCCGCCCCCCGCGCACACAUUCACAUGUACUCACGUUCACAGAAAGGAGGACUUUUGAGUUUAAUAUCAGCAUCUUCCUUGAACUCUGAACCAGAUGAGAGGAUUUCAGUGAGAGUGGAGCAUGAUGGGACACACUCUGGCAAAGAUAUACCCCUCGUUUCUUUUGACUUGUUAUUAGUAUUAUUAUUUCACAUGUGCUUUGUGUUUAGAGCUUUAAAGGGUUUGUACAGCAUCAUGAAUCACAGCACUGUUGACUCUUUCCUCUUUGUGUGCUUUUACUUCUGACGUUCUUCCUCUUCCUUUUUAAAGAAGCAGUGACUUUACCAAACGCUGUGCUUGCAUUCUUACUCCGGUCAGAUUCAGUAAUGGAUAUUGCUUGGGGCAACGCGCUGCCGCCUCUUGCAUGUUCAGGCCUGAGCCAAAGAUACAUGGCAUUGUGUAAACAUGAACUCUCUGGAUUUUUCUGUUGUGUUAGAUUUAAAAGAAAAGAAAGCCAAGAGAAAAGGACAACAAAAAAUAUUGUAUUACCAAAAAAAGAA